AUGAGUGAGCUGAGCAAGCCCGAGGAAGAUUUUCAGGACCCUGGCGAGGCCCAGGGCCCGGUGAAUGCGCAGCUCUUGGGGGCUGAGGCAGGGGUGGCUGCAUCUGCCUCGGCCUCCUCCCCCACAGUGUCCUCCUUAGGCACUGGGGAGUCCUUGCCCCAGGAAGCGCUGAAUGAGAUGAUAGCUAGCCUAAUGAAGUUCCUGCUCCUCAAGUAUCGAGCCAAGGAGCCGACCUCCCAGGCGGAAAUGCUGAAUAAGGUCCUCAGGGAUAACCAGGAGUACUUCCCGGUGGUCUUCAGCCAAGCCUCGCAGUGCCUGCAGCUGGUCUUUGGCGUGGAGGUGAAGGAGGUGGACCCCAGGGAGCACAUCUACAUCAUGGUCUCCAUCCUGGGCCUCAGCUGCAACGCAAUGCUGAGCAGUGGGCAGAGCAUCCCCAAGGCCGGCCUCCUGGUGCUGGUCCUCAACCUGAUCAUGCGGAAUGGAGACCGUGCCCCUGAGCAGAAGGUCUGGGGAGCACUCAGCAGAUUGGGUGUGUAUGCUGGGAGUGUGCACUGCAUCUUUGGGGAGCCCAGGACGCUUCUGACCCACGUGUGGGUGCAGGAGGGGUACCUGGAGUACCGGCAGGUGCCUUACAGCCACCCUGCUCGCUAUGAGUUCCUGUGGGGUCCCCGGGCUUAUGCGGAGACCAGCAAGUGGGAAAUCAUGGCAUUUCUGCUCAGGGUCAAACAAAGGGCUUUGAGGGCCUUCCCACUGCAGUCUGCAGAGGCUGCAAGGGAGGACGAUGAGGCGGACUGA